AUGCCCUCUAACAAAGCUUCGAUAAUCCGAGUCCCAGGUGGCUUGACAUCUGGUCUUCACACUCGAGUCUCCCGUGGUGGAUUAAGAGAAUGGCACAUCUUCGGUUCAAUCAGUGAAGGAAAACACGCGGAUUGUCAUUACAUCGUCAUGGCUGUUCAGGGUGGUUUCACGCGGGCGAUGAAUGAAGAUCAACCAGAAACUUUACUUUUCCACCGGGGAGUAGCGAUUUGUACGGGAUCGGGUAUUGGGGCUGUCGGAUCAACAUGCAUCCAACACGAUGAUUGGUUCUUAAUUUGGAUUGGAGCUGAUUUAGAAAGCACUUAUGGCACCGAGUUUAUGGAUUUCAUCAAAAGUAAGAUCCAACCCGAGCGACUUUUGAUUUGGGAUACCAGAGGUCCUCUUGGAAGGCCAGAUGUCAAUGUUGAAUUAGAGAGAGUUUACAAACAGUGGAACGCUCAAAGUAUUUAUGUUUUCUUUUCAAUGGACAAUCACUCAAGUACGAAAACUCACGCUUUCUGA